UUGAGUAUAAUACAUUACAGUGCUUUGUCGUGUAGUGAAGUGAACAAUCUAUAACAGUGAAAAUGUCAGGCCGUGGUAAAGGUGGUAAAGUUAAGGGAAAGGCAAAGUCGCGUUCAAAUCGUGCUGGUCUUCAAUUUCCAGUUGGUCGUAUUCAUCGUUUGUUGCGCAAAGGCAAUUAUGCUGAGCGUGUUGGUGCCGGUGCUCCAGUUUAUCUAGCUGCAGUUAUGGAAUAUUUAGCAGCUGAAGUUCUCGAAUUGGCUGGUAAUGCUGCUCGUGAUAAUAAAAAGACAAGAAUCAUCCCACGUCAUUUACAAUUGGCCAUCCGCAACGAUGAAGAAUUGAAUAAAUUGUUGUCCGGUGUAACUAUUGCUCAAGGUGGUGUUUUGCCUAAUAUUCAAGCUGUACUUUUGCCAAAGAAGACCGAAAAGAAAGCAUAAAGUGAAAAAUAUAGGCGAAUUAUAAUUAUAAAUACCGACGCAAACAAACCGUCCUUUUCAG